CCCCACAGUGCCACCAGAACACGUCGUCUGCAUCCAGACGUCGCAUACGCUCGUACUCGCACAUACACAUACAGAUAAAACGCUAGAGAAUUUUGUAGGAUAACAUCAUCAACAUAACAAAACAAGGAUGAUGUAUUCCAUAUUGGCUGUGAUAUUGCUGUGGUCGUGGCGAGUGUCCGCUGCUGAUACAGAUAACGCCAAAAGAUUGUAUGACUUUGGUCUCGGCAAAAGGGCGGCCUACAGCUAUGUUUCUGAGUACAAGCGCCUCCCUGUCUAUAAUUUUGGCCUAGGAAAACGAGACUCUGGUCACCGCAUGUAUUCCUUUGGGCUUGGGAAGAGAGACAGGUACGACCCAGAAGAUGACGGAGAUUUAGACUAUGACCUAGGUAAGCGAGCUGCACCGUCUCCAUACAACUUUGGACUUGGCAAAAGAGAAGGCAAGAUGUAUUCCUUCGGCCUGGGAAAGCGCAGUGCUUACUACGACGAUGAUGAUACAGAUUACGACACAGAGUACAAGUACAGGAUGGGCAAGAGGGCAUCACCAUCACCAUACAACUUUGGCCUGGGCAAGAGGGAGGGCAGGUUAUACUCAUUUGGGCUUGGAAAACGAGAGUACGACAGCGAUGAAGACGUUGAUGACAAUGUAAUCGGAGGAAAAAGAGCUGCUCCUUCUCCUUAUAACUUUGGCCUUGGCAAAAAGAACAAGUUGUACUCUUUUGGAUUAGGCAAGAGGGAGAUCAGUGGAGACCUACUAGAGGAGGAGAUGUCUGCGUCGCUGGGAGGUGAGAGACAAGAGAGGAGUCCCCACUACAGCUUCGGUCUCGGUAAACGCGAGGGUCAGACCUCUACCUCCACUCUACACUGAACCUUCUCCCUCUCCACUCCGCACUCCGCCGUAUAUACGUCUAUGCUACCGUACCAUGUCUGUGAUGGGGUGUCUCCAUAGAAACUGUUUAUUUCUUUCUCAUUUUACCAUUUAGAUAACUAGAAAUGACGAACAACUUCCCUAUUUAAAAAAGUAUAUAAUACUACUAUCCAAAAAAAGACCCCAGAGUAAUAAGACUUGAAAUUCGAAAAAAGGUAUUUUUAAAGUUUAUACCCCAAACAAAAAAAAAUAUCUGUUUCAUAACUAUUUUAUUUUUUGUACCAUUUUUAGUGUAGGAUAUAUAUAGCGUUAGUUUUAUUGAAAAAGCCAUUGCUAUAGUAGAACUAUAUAGUUAUUUUUGUGAAACUGCAUGGGUUUUCUCAGAAAUAUUUUUAAAAAUAGUGUUAAAUGUAGUUAAGUUUUGAGAAUAAUUUUUAAAACCUAAAAAAUUAAUAUUGUCAUUAGAGUUCCCAUUGAUGUUGGAGAUUUUAACAAUGUUAUUAUUCAAAUUGAAUUCUAAUUAAAUAUUGAUAGUUCACAUGCAACUAUAUAAUGAUAGCCAUAAUUAUAUGAUUGCAACAAAUAACCGUGCAUUUGUUUUAUUUAUGCUUACCCUUACAUAUGAUCAAGAGAAUAUUUAUGGACUAUUUUAAAAUUUACUCUUGAUGUCAAAAUGUAUAUCGUAACCAUGAGUAUAUUUGUCAAUUAACAUAUUAUAAUAUUAUGACCUUUCCUAUUCGAGAAGGUAGCACAUAUUCUAAAAUCAAAGGCUUGUCACAAAUGUGUUUUAUUUGCUGCACAUUUUUUACAAGGAUUAUUGGUGUUACUAGUAUAUUAAUAAAUGUUUAUUAAGAUAUUUUUUCUUAGUUUAAGGCUAGGAUUAUACUAGGACGCUGGUGUCCGGGAGGCCGGCGUCUGGGACGCUAGCGGGGCAUUAAAUCAAAUGGGGGCGAUUAUACUAGGGAUGCCAGCGUCGGAUGCUAAAAAAGCCACCGGACGCUCGAUUUUGUGCCUCCUUGGGAACGGAGUUUUAUGGAAAAAAGGUUUUUGUCAUAUUUGUCUCUAGACAAUUUUUAUUAGCUUAAAUGCAAAUAAUUAGGCAUAUUAAAGUGUUUUCGUACGGUUAUUAGUUCAAAGAAGUGUAAAUUAAAAACCCCCAUGUUAUUCUUAUAGCAAAUAUUGUUAACUGUUGGAAUUUGCUUGUGUAUGGAUAUAUUUUGAUCAAACUUGGCCGAUUUGUUUUAUACUAAGCUAUUAAUAUUUUACUAAAAACACACAAUAUUAGCCUCCUUAAAGCAGCAAAUCUGGGUACUCGUUAAACCUAAUGUUAUUUAAAUAGAUAUAAACAAAAAGUGACAAAACAUUGAAAUAAAAUGGCAGUCCGAGAGGCUAGCAUCCCAACACAAAUCACGUCAUUUUCGGCUCGACGUGGGACGCUAGCCUCUCGGACGCCAGCAUCCCGAACGCCAGCGUCCUAGUAUAAUCCUAGCCUAAAGUUUAAUUAAACCAACAAACAAUGCCAUAAUUAAUCAGUCAUACAGAAAAUUUGUAGAUUAAGUCAUAAGUUUAAUAUGCAAACAUUAAAAAAACCCUGUGGUGUAAUACAGUUACAUAUUUUAAUAGGUAUUAAUUCAUUGCUUAUAAAUGUCCAGAAGAUUUUACUUUACAAUAAAAAAGAUGAUUAAAGUCCUAACAUUGUUUAAACUAACAACAAUGUGGUAGGUUUUUAUAUUUUUUACAAAAUACUAUUGUGCAACUAAAAGACUAAAGAGUGAUGGAAUUUUUUAUAAGACAAAUCCUCCACAGAUCAUGAACGACUCUUUCGAACCUUGAAUUUAGUUUUAAAAGUCUCACUUCAGACAUUGAUUUUAUUUGUCAUAUAUGAUUUUGUACAGAAAUGCAUGGCUAUUGUGUCAAGAACAUAGUGUAUUAUAUUUAAUAGAGACAAAUAUCAUAUAACUUGUAUAUAUUUUGAUAUUGUUGGCCCAUGCAAAGUCUAAUCUGUUGUUCCUUGCCCCAGCCAAAGGGGGAGAAGCCUCCAUAACUUUAUUUCAAAUAAAUUUGUGAAAAAAGA